AUGAUAUUUAGUAUUUCUGUACAUCUGGAAAACGCAGCUUCCACGCAAAGAAAACAUAGAAAAUUGGCAAACGCAAAUCGCAUGCGAAGAAAAACUCCGAGCAGAGAUCACAAAAUUUAAUUCUUAUCACGUCAUUCUACUACUUGCUAUUGCUUCUACCAUCUUGUCCGAAUAAAGGCACAAUUAACCCAUUAGCACAAUAUACUUUUUUGUUGGUGAUACACUAGCUCAAAGACAAUUUUAUAUCUUUGUUUUGAUUUAUAGCAAUAACUAAUUUGAAGGCUUAAAAGCUACCUUUCUAUGCGCAAUUUAUUUUGAAAUAUUGAAUUCAACUCACAAAAAGGGUCCCCCAACACAACAGCAUAAACCAACACCACUAGUCUGGAAAAAAGGGAAUCAAACUAAUAAUAUUCCAUGUCUUCAGGAGUGUUGGAUCUAGGAACGAGAGUUCCCCAACAGAAACGAGUGUAUAGCAAGGGGGGGUGUCGAGAGUGCAAACGGCGGAAAAUCAAAUGUGAUGAAGGGAAACCAUAUUGUUGGCAGUGUUUACGAUUGCGAAAGGAAUGUAGCUACCCAGAAGUGGGCGAAAAGGUUCUUCGAGUACUGAAAAAGAAGCAACAGGAACAAGAAGGGGAUCAUCCGCAUGUACCUUUUGGUCAACACUAUGUGGGCCAGCAGUUUCCACAUAUAAUAGCACCACACCAACAACAACAACAACAACAACAACAACAACAACAGCAACAACAACAACUCAACCACCCACCUCCUGUAUUACUUCCACCCCCGCAACCCAAUAGUCAACUGACACCUCAAUCACCAUAUAAGGAACCGGAACCUCCCACUAAAAAACUAAAACUGGACGACAAGCAAUAUAGCGGAGCAUCCAUAUUAAGUUUGCUAAAUGAUACAAAGGUAUCACCAAACUCGGAUUCGAGCGUUAGUGGGAAAAGCAAUGGUCAUUUAACUGAUAAUAUCACAAGUACUCCAUCUGAUGAGGCUGCAAUGUUGGAGCUUUUCAGCGAACAGGAUUUAAAUGUUCUUGCUAUGGACUUGAAUAAUAUGGUGAGUGGUCUAAUGUACGAUAUGAAUUAUGAAAACAAUCAAAGCAAUACUGAGACUGACUUUGAGGAUGUAUCCACCUCUUCAAUGGAACCUUCACCAAUUCUCAGCAACCCAAGUCAAAUUGUUAGAAACCUUCCAUUAACCUGUAUUCGAGUAAAGCGAAAGAAAGAUUUAAUUUACCUUGAAGAAUUUUAUAAUGAAUUCGCAAAUAUUAUCUUACCGUUUAGUUCGUACGAUGAAAAGACCCAAUGCUAUUUCAAUCCUGCUCGUGAUAUGAUCCUUAGAAACGCUGCUGACACGAAUUAUCUACUAGCAGCAGUUUUAGCAAUCGGGGCGAGAUGUUUAUUCCUUAGAACUAAAAUUCAGAAACACGAAGAAGUAUACUGUGUAUAUUUAUCGCGGUGUUUGCAAUUGUUAGGCCCAGCUUUAAGUGCAGAUGAUAGACAGCUAACCACCAAUAUUGAAAGUGUGCUUUUAACAGUAUUAUUAUUAACCACCACUAACGCUUCCAAUCCAAAGCAAGACUGGAGACCUCAUCUUAAAGGUGGAAAAGACCUUCUAUUGAAGAAUUCCAUCAAAAAAAUUAAAAGUUCUAAUGUUUUGAUCUUUUGCAAGAGUUGGUUUGUUACAUUGGAAAUCCUUGCCGGUAUAAGUUCGAAACAUGGUGGAACUCUUCAGACAGAUGAAGAAAUCGACUUGUUGAUAAACUCAGGUGACGAGCAUGAACAGUUUGUUUUAAGGGAGAUUGGAAUAAUCGUUGAGAACGGAUUCAAUAUUAUGGGAGGUUAUCAUAAUGACUGUUAUGACCACUUCCGUGACUUGCUUAAAAUCCUCAAUAGAACCAGAAACAACCCAGGUUAUAAUCCUCAAGAUUCAUUUGAAUAUAUGAGAUUGUUUUCUAAAUUUCAAAUGCAAACAGAAAUUGAAUUUAUUAACAAGAAAGGGUUGCUAACUCCAGAAGACUUCCCAGGUCUAGUUCCAAACAGGUCACUUAUCGAUUCGGUAACAAUAAACAGCAAGGAAUUUGUCAUUUCUUGGAUGGAUGUAAGCCACCAGUCAUAUACCAUGGCUUCUUUAAUCACACUCCUUUGCAAAUGUUUUCAAGAACCUUAUACAGCACCUCAGAUUCAAUUGUUGACAAAAUCAAUAGUCAAAUUUGUAUCAUAUUUGGAUAAUAUUAGCGAUAUCGACCGAGAUGGGAUUCCAAACCAUCAGAUGAAGAGUGCUUUAAUGAUGUUACAAUGGCCAAUGUUUGUCGCGUCAAAUAAUUUAAUUGACGAUGAUUUGAAAUCGAUAGCAAGUAAGUUUUUCCAGGUUUCAUCCCAAAUCGGGUCUGGCGGUGCUACCAUUGCAUUAAAAAGAGUGAGUAAAAUAUGGUUGAAACGUGAGAAUGGUCUUAGUACUGAAGAGGAUGAAACAGAGCUCGAGGAUCUUGUUGCAUACUGAGGUGUAUAAAAUAACUUAUUUAUCUUUUGUUAUAACUAUAUGUAUUAUUAUUGUUCAAGUAAUGUGUACCAGUUCAUUUGU